AGAAACAGCUUAGUGGUUUUUGCUUCUCUAAGAAAACCACUUUUAGUAUUCCAUAUAAAGCAUAAGAUAUUAUAGCCUUCUUUCUUCUACAGAAGAAGACCUUCUUCUCAGCCUUAGUUUCUACUCCAACUUACAGCUUAAAUCAAAGAAAUUGAUUAAGAUUGAGAAGGAAAAAAGAAAUGGGGAGGGGAAAGAUUGUGAUUCGCAGAAUCGACAAUUCGACGAGCAGGCAAGUGACUUUCUCGAAAAGAAGAAGUGGGUUGCUUAAGAAAGCUAGGGAGCUUUCAAUCCUUUGCGAUGCAGAAGUUGGAGUAAUCAUCUUCUCCAGCACUGGGAAGCUUUACGAUUAUGCAAGCUCUAGUAUGAACUCUGUUAUUGAACGCUACAACAAGCUGAAAGAGGAACAAAAUCAACUGAUGAAUCCUGCUUCAGAAAUCAAGUUUUGGCAAAGGGAGGCUACAAGCUUGAGGAAGGAAUUGCAAUACUUGCAAGAAUGCCAUAGGCAAUUGAUGGGAGAAGAACUUUCUGGUCUGAGUGUCAAAGAUCUACAAAAUUUAGAAAACCAACUGGAGAUGAGCCUGAAAGGUGUUCGGAUGAAAAAGGACCAAGUUUUGACUGAUGAAAUCAAGGAACUGAACAGAAAGGGUAAUCUCACUUAUCAAGAAAAUCUAAAAUUGCACAAGAAAUUUGACAUUCUCUGUCAAGAGAAUGCAGAAUUACGUAAGAAGGCUAGUGGAGAAAGGGAUGCAAGUGAAGCAAACAAGAGUUCCCACCCACCAUACACUUUAAGCAAUGGGUACGACUUGCACGCCCCAAUCCAUCUCCAGCUGAGCCAGCCACAGCCUCAUACUAAUGAACCACCACCAAAAUCAAUGAAACUUGGACUACAACUGCAAUAACAAAGCAGUUGUCAACUGUGAACACAAUCGCCCUGGUAACUUGCUUCACAGUUGAAAAAGCCAAACCUCUACAUGAUGAGAUCAUGUAUGCUAGCUCUUAGCAGUACCUUCCAGCAGCAGGACAAUCAAAUUUGGUAUGAUACACUAUGUAAAAUAGGCUUUAGAAAUUGUUGUAAAAUUAUUGGCCAGACCUCCUAUCAGCAAAAAUUGCAAUAAUGAAAAAGCUUGAUAAAGCCAGGUGUUACUCUAGCUGUCUUGAAAUUUAUUGUGAUCAAUGAAACGUAACUGCUUGGUGGAAUUGUGGUAAUUAAAUCCAUUUUUUGGAAAUUUUAAGCAUUUUAAACAUUCCUGUUUGAUUAUCAA